CACUCGGGAAGAGUAUUUAAAAAAAUACUUGUUGUAGCCCUGCCAGGGCACAAAUGUCAUACUACAUACGGGUCUCUGCAAAGCCCUAUAGCGAGACGCCACUGCUCUCCUUUUACUGCAAACUCUCUCUGGAUUGGAAGCUCCCCUUGCCGGCUUCACCUUUGUGCGACGGUACCCACCAUGCUUUGCGCGGCGUGACGUGUUAAAGACGAGACGGUCGGUAAUAGCCUCACUUUCCCGCAUACCGUCGCGUUUUCACUGGGUAUCAUGACCAACGAGGAAGAAUUUUCGCCAUCAGCACUGGGUACCAAGGAACACUGGGAUGCAGUUUAUAGUCGAGAGCUUUCGUCAUUCAAGGAAUACGGUGAUGAGGGUGAGAUAUGGUUUGGAGAAGGCAGUAUGGCACGGGUUAUCCGAUGGCUUAAUGCACACAAAGUACCACAGACUGCUUCCAUACUUGACAUUGGAACUGGAAAUGGCAUGUUACUGGUGGAACUGGCAAAUUCUGGCUACUGCAAUCUCACUGGCAUAGAUUAUUGUAGCGAUGCUGUGCAACUGGCAAAAAGCAUAUGUGAAAAGGAGGGAGUCUCCCAAAAUGUACACUUACAGGUCACCGAUUUUCUUGAAGACUUCCAUCCCUCAAAGCUGUUUGACAUUUGCUUGGAUAAAGGAACAUUCGAUGCUGUAAGCUUAGAUCCGACAGGUGCAACAGAGAAGCGUGAGCAGUAUGUGCAGUCACUGUCUCGGGCCCUAAAGCCGCAGGGGCUUUUUAUUAUAACUUCCUGCAACUGGACCAAGGAGGAACUGCUCCGUCAGUUUGGGGGAGAGUUUGAAUUCAAGGAUGAGCUGCCAACACCCACGUUUAGUUUUGGAGGGAAGGCUGGCCACAGUGUUACUGCAGUGGUAUUAGAGAAGAGGAGCAGCUCUUGACAAACACAAACAAUGUUUAUUUAUUCUUUUUUAGUUAUCUGUGUCUAUGCAUUAAAUAUAUUUGAUUAUAUAAAAA